AAACUCAGAAAAUCCCUAAGUCCCUUAUUCCCGCGCCUUUCUUCUUCCCUCUCCUCUCUGAAGAGAAUGGUUACACAGUACGGCAACAAAUUCGCCGUUCACCUCAUCACCAACCACUUCGGCAAUCUUGUCGCUAAAGUAUGCGAAAAUCUAUUCAGCCAUGGACCUCUCACUUUGGAUCAGUUGAUUCGCUUCACGGAACUUACCAAGGAGCAAGUCAAAAACUCCCUACUUGUCUUAGUUCAACACAAUUGUGCCCAAGCAUUUGUUUCUUCUACUGAAGACAAAGUUAUGAAUGCAGAUGAUGAUGCAGACAAAUCGAGAGUUAGAACGCGGUACAUGGCAUUGUUUGAUAACAUAAUCCAUCGAUUGAGAUUUCCCAAAUUCUUGGAGAUUGUCUCGCGGGAGCUUAAUGAAGAAUGUGUAGAGCUUCUUGACGGAUUGCUUCGUGAUGGUAGGCUUACCCUGAAACAAAUGGUUGACAGAGCAAGUCAAGGAAAAGAAAAUGCUGUGGGUACAAAAGUUGUACGAGAUACCCUUUCUAAACUUUUGACAGCACGGUAUGUUGAACGCUGCCCUGCCCCUGAGCCAAUUGUUUCUACUGUAUUUAAAGAAGAAACUACUACUAGGAAGCGUAAGUCUGCCAAGAUAUUUGAGCCACCAGAGACAAUAGAGCAACGUGUUCUAGAAGCAGCAAAGCCUGGAGAAGCAAUCAGAUUUUCAUUCACUGCUUACACAGGAAGUAAUGCUGAUGGGGAAACAAUUUCAGAUGAUUCCGAAAUGAUUAAAGUUGAAGAAGAUGCUGCAAAAGAGGAGCUAAUACUUUGGCGUGCAAAUUUUGAGGAGUUUAUACGUCAUCUUAGGCAUAAGGUAUUGAUUGAGAAUGUAAGAGCACAGAAUGAUGAUGGAACUGCUACUGUCUUAUCUGCAAUAUUGGGAGCAACAAGAAAUGCAGAGCAAAAAGUGAAAAUGGAUAAUUCAGUUUCCUUAUCACUGGAUACUAUUAUCACAGAGGUGAUGAAGACUGAAACAGGUCGAACAAUGACCAUAGAUCGUAUUAGAGCUUCCCUUGUCCAGUUGGGUUGUUCACAGAAGAUGAUUAUAGAUGAUUCAUAUGGUAUUGAUUUGAAGAAAAUUAUUGAAAGGGCUCGAAAUGAAGAGGUUGAGUCAAUUGUGUUGAAGAGGUAUGGCAGGGAUGCGUACAGAAUGUUCAGGUUACUGUCAAAGGAUAAUUGUUUUCAUGACACGGAUCAGAUAGCAGCAUCUACACUUGUUGAGAAAAAGGAAGCUCCAAAAUUGCUAUACAAGUUAUGGAAGGAUAACUACUUGUAUAUGGAGAAAAUUCUUGCGACUGGAGCCAAGAUAUCAAAUAUUUUGAUGUGGAAAGUUAAUAAGCCUCUGCUUUGGGAAUAUGUGCUGGACGAGAUGUACCAUGCUGCCUUAAAUUUGAGCCUAAGAAUAGCUUUUGAGCAGGAGAAGGAUGAAGAGCUUUUAAAUGCUCCCAAGGACAAACGGCUACUAAAGGUCUGGUUACUCCUAGGAUCAUCAUUGAUGAAACUCGACGAUGCUCUGAUGCUUUUCCAUGACUUCUGAACAUAAAUUUUAGGACAGUUAUUUAUUAUGAUUUCUUCGUAAAGGGAAUAACAAAUUUGAUAUUUUCAUUAUCGAAAAGUUCUGUGAAUGUAAUUGCAGUGUUCAUAUUAAUUAAUGAAAGUAUAGGGAAUUCGAUG